GUGCACUCGAAAAGCCCUUCCGGGUUGGUGAGAAGCGGAACGUCUGUCAGCUCUGUGAAGUACAGCCUUCCGGAGAUUUGAAAUCAAAUACAUUCACGAACAACCUGGAAACGAAUCCUCAUACGCAAAUGCAGUUUUUGAUCGAGCACACCUGGGAUAGCAACCCUGUGAAUCAUGAACCUAUCAGAGUUGUUUUCUCUCCUGGGCAAGGAGGAAUGAAAAUUGAGAUGUUUGGCCCCUUCUUCAAUGAUCCAGCAGGUCCUACAGCCCCCCCCAGUCAACCUUUUCCUGGACUUUGGGAAUAUGAAGUGGUGGAGUCAUUCUUUCUUGAUAGUACAACAGAAAACUACCUUGAAGUGGAGCUUUGCCCACAUGGACAGCAUCUGAUAUUAUUGCUUUCUGGAGUCCGCCAAGCAUUCAAGCAAGAGUUGCCCAUAGUUUAUAAUGCCACAACCACAGGCAGCAGGUGGAAGGGUGAGGCUCUUAUACCCUGGUCAUACUUUCCUCCAAAUAUCAACAAGAUGAACUCUUACGCCAUUCAUGGCUCAGGAGAGAAGCGUAUCUAUGAGGCUCUAUACCCCAUCCCCAAGACGGAGGUAGUGAAUGGUCAAGAACCUAACUUCCACCGAUUGGAGUACUUCCAAAGUUUUUGCCUGCAAAGCAAUGGAGAAGGUUGGGUCCAGCCACAGUCUGAUCUUUGGAAGGAAAAGCCCUAGUCUGCCACCACCAUCAUUAUGAGCUGCUGAUGAGCUUUGUCCAAAGAGCAGAGACAGACCGGCAUAAAGACUUUAGAAAGCAGGGACCAGAGCUUACAUGUUUGGUCGCACCAGAGUUGGAAUAAGCUUUCACACCGCUCCAAACAUACCGGACUACCCCAGGAAACGGACCAGAGUGUGCUGAAAGGGGACCAAACAGCUGAUUUGAAUACGACUUGCGGUCAUUUUCACAUAUGACAUGACGAAAUAAAUAAUCCUAUUUUCAAACAUAUUAAAUGUUUUCUUGUAUAUCAAA